AUGGCACUGAAGCUGCCAGUGGGCCAAAAGCGGCUCACCAAUGUAGCCGUAGUCCGGAUGAAAACACAUGGCAUCCGAUUCGAGAUCGCAUGCUACAAGAACAAGGUGCUGAAUUGGCGUGAGGGGAUCGAAAAGGACAUAGAGGAGGUUCUCCAAACCGAGACGGUCUUCACCAACGUGUCCAAGGCGAUCAUCGCCAAGGAGAAGGACUUGCAAAAGGCCUUCGGAACCGUGGAUCUUCUUGAGAUCUGCAAGAAGAUUCUCAAAGACGGUGAUGUGCAAGUGUCUGACCGAGAGCGGGAGGUCCACAUGGAGGGUCUCUGGAAAGACAUCGUGCAGAUCAUUGUGGAACGCUGCGUGCAUCCACAGACGGGCCGGCAGCUCACCGCUCCGACGGUGGAGUCUGCGCUGAAGUCCACGGGCUUCAGCGUGCAGCCGGACCAGGCGGCCAAGAGGCAGGCCCUGAAGGCCAUGGAAACCUUAGAGGCGAAGAUGCCCGAGAGCUUUGCCCGGGCGAAGAUGCGGCUACAGAUGAUAUGUCCGGAGUCGCUCCUGGCAAGCAUCCGCAAGCACGUCGUGGAAGUCUGUGCGGCCAAGAUCGAGUCCGAGUCCCACAACCCCGGCGCUUCGGCCGAGGAAUCCCAGAAGGCACCGGCGGCCAAUGGGGACGCAGUUGCGAGGAUCACCUUCGUUUGUGACCCAAGUCAGUACCGAGAGCUGGACCGACUGGCCACCGUCGUGUAUGGUGCCGAGAACGUCUCGCUGCAGGUGUUGACGCAGACCGUGCUUUGUGAGGUCGCGACGCAGAUAUCGAGCGACCUGCCCAAAGGAGCACCGCCCGAGCGGCCCGCUCCCGCCGCUGGCGGCUACGUGGCAGAGAAGCCCUCGGCCAAGAAAGGCUUCCGGUGCUCCGUCUGCCAAGUCGACUUCGAGGACGCCGCGGCCUACCGGGCACACUGCCGCUCUGAGUGGCACAACUUCAACCUCAAACGGAAGGUGAAGGGGUUGCCGCCCUUGUCUGAGGAGGACUUCGCAGAAGUGGGCCUUGACAUGCGAGAAGGCUUUCAUGGAGCAGAUUGA